AUGAGGUACCUGGGUCUCACCCUGGACGGGAGGUGGGCUUUCGGGGCUCAUUUUAACCAGCUAGCCCCGAGAGUCGUGAGAGCCGCCGCCUCACUGGGGAGGCUGCUGCCGAACGUGGGUGGUCCGAGUGCCCAUUGCCGUCGGCUGUACUCCGGAGUCAUCCGGAGUAUGGCCAUGUACGGGGCACCUGUCUGGGCGGACGCCCUCAGUCGCAGCAACAAGACCCUGCUGCGACGUCCGCAGCGGGUCAUCGCGACGAGGGCGAUACGCAGUUACCGUACGGUGUCCUGGACGGCGGCGUGCGUGCUGGCCGGCGAUCCCCCCUGGGAAUUACAGGCGGAGAUCUUCGCCGAAAUUUACCACUUCGUGGCGGCGAGGAGAUCCCGGGGGGAGCCCCCAACGUUGGAGGAGGUCGCACGCAUGCGGAGGCAGGCGCAGGACACCCUGUUGCGGCGGUGGACGGAGGACCUGGCUCCACCGGUCCCCGUGCAGUAG